GCUGCUCUCAGCUCGAACCGGAGUGAGUGGCCCGGCAUUCGGAGUGUGGCUUCAAAGCAGCGCGGGAGUGUUGCAGUUCCUCCGACGGACGAACUGCUGUCAGUGGCGACACACCAUCCGUCGCCCUCCGGAUUACGCAGUCGUCGACGCGAUCACUGGUGCCUUCUGUUGACUUCUCGAGUGGGGAUUAACGACUGUGUCGCUGUCGCUAUUGGUUGUUGUCAGUGCGUGCUUUACCCUCGAGCCUGGAUUUGUUUUAUUAUUUUUUUUUCGCCCGACGGCCGGCUGCUCGGAUUUUAACCGCCAGCGCUCGGAUUACGGAUAACGCGGCGAAUCCUCCUCUGCGCCUGCCCCCGCUCGUGAGGUGACGUACGGGUAGCCCUCAUGGACUAGGCGCAGUGCUGGUGUAGGUGGUUGAGCCGCGGGGAUCAAAUCGCGCCUUCGGACUCUCGUCCAGGCGUGAACGAACGACCAUCCUGAAAGAACUCACGCGGGCCGUCGUCAGAGGCCGACCCGCUGGCACUGUGCCUUCGCACCGCGACGUCAGUGCGGACGCGAACAUGAAGCCCUGACGGGCUCGCUCUCCGCGAGGUGGAACGCGUCUCCGCGCGAAGGCUACGCACACACGCAGCGGUCGGCGGUGCCAUGGCGUUCCGCCGGGGCGCCAAGGAGAUGAAGAAGCAGUCGUACUACGUGUGGUUCCUGGGCGCCAAGGAGUCCCGCGGUCUCCGGGGCCUCGAGUACAUCGGGCCCGUGCUGCGGUUCCUGCUGGAACGGGAGCGGGAAGUGGAGCCGCCCAAGGUCACCCUCCAGGUCAGCGGCAAGGGCAUCAAGAUGGUUCAGAACAUCGCCCGCGGCGUUCGGGGCAAGAUGGAGCAGGUGAAGCACCUGAUCCCCCAGCACGCGGUCACGUGCGUGCACCAGGACGGCGACCUGGUGUGCUGCAUCCUGCUGCUCUACAAUCCUGUCACCAGGUGCCCCGUGCACGUUCACGUCUAUCGCUGCGACUCGUCCGAGACGGCCACCAUGCUGCGCCAGCAGCUGCAGCAGCUCGUCGAGCGGCCCGACAACCAGACCAAGUUCCGCGAGAUCGAACACCGGCUGGCAGCCAAGGGCCUGCUGCGCGAGCACUCCUUCCACCACCAUCACCACCACUCGGGUCCGCCGCGGAUGCCCUCCGACGGCAGGACCGAGGACGGCUCCGAAGACCGCAGCGACGUCUCCGAGGAAGACGAAGAAGGUCUGGCCACGUCUCCGCCCCGAAGGCCCGCCGCGGUUCUUCCUGCUCCGGUCCGCGGCGGCGCGGCUUCGGUCGGCUCGGCCACGUCUAGCGACCGGAUGGCCAGCCUGUACGCGUCCCUGGCUGCCGAACUACGCGAGAAGCUGAGCAACCCGGACCGCGGCCCUCUCCUGCUGCCUCCCAAGGACUACGGGACCGUGUGCAAGAGGGCCUCGGCCAGGCCCGAGGGAGGCUCCAAGUCGAGCAGCGGCAUCGGCUCCGACGAGCUCCUGCCCCGCGAGCUGGACUCGUCUUCCGACGAAGAGUGGCCCGCCCACCACCCGCAUCAGAAGCGGGAGCAGCGCAGGAACCGCCGACCGGUGUCAUUUCCGGCGGCCUCCGCCGCCGCCGCCACGGUCUUCGGUGGACCGCAGCAGAAGCAGCGCCAGCCGCACGCGCCACACCGCCAGAUUCAGACGCCGCAGCCAUACCGCAACGGGCAAGUGCCACAGCAGCAGAGACCGUUCUCGCAGCAGCAACAGCACCCGCCGAGCCACCGACAGUCGGCGACGUCCAGGCAGAUGGUUGCGCCCGAGUCCAGGGCGUACCAGCCACACCACCACCAACAGCAGCAGCAACAACAGCCAGAGCCUUUGAGGCAGCACAACCAGAAGAGAAGCAGGGACUACAGGCACAGCUUCGUGGAGCCGUCGACGCGUAGGCCCUUGCCUCUCUAAGACAGCAAAGAAAAAUAACGAGGCGACGAUUCGCAACCGCCGUCGGUUCGUGGCGUAAAGCAAGGACAGUAUAUAUACACAGACGCCAACCGCUCAAGAGGCGACGUUUACACGACGAGGCCAACUUGUCGUCGCCGCGCAGUCCUAUGCGCCGCUCUCAGCUGUACAACUUUACAUUUGUACUAGUCGUGCAGAGCGGCGCGCCUCUGGACGGUCACUCAGAGUAGAACCAUGCGUGACGGGACAUCAGAGGACAUUCGGAGUCAGGUUGCGGGAAAGUACUUUCAGGGCGCCGAGGUUCAUUUUCACAGUGGACAGAGGACUUGCGAAAUGCUGAAGCGUCCUCCUUAAAUGUGCACGAGCGAGCCAACUUUCACGUCGGCAGUCCUUGAGCACCAGUGUGGAUUCGAUCCAGGUGCUCCCGAAAUACCUCUAGUGACUCCACGGAAGAUAUGCGUGGCGUUUAUAUAGUUCAGGAAAUGAGCGCGGAAGGUGAAACAAAACCGCACCCCGAGACUUCAGGAAAGUCGGUAACGACUUGCAAAGCGUGCGACUUUGCAACGAUCAACGAAGUGCGUGUCGCUGAGGUGGGUUUCUUCUUGAAAGCGGGAACCUCACCGCAGUGCUCGUGCGCGUGCCCUGGCCGAGGCUGCACCUGUCGCGCAUGCGCAAGAUCUCGCAAGUCUGUGUUUUUUGGGCGAGGGAAUGAGUGCCACUCUAGGCUGCUGUGCGUGAAGUCGUGCGUCAAGUCCAGCAGUGCGUCAACUCCACCAGUGCCCUGAUUUAUUGAAUACGCGCAACCGAUUAACAGGUCUCCGAUAAGGCGAGGGAUAGCAAAUCGUGUAACACCGGGGGAGUACGGCAGACCGGACCUUCCAACGCCGCCUCUGCCACCAGCUAACGACCACUGGAAGCAACUACGCAAGCUUGGACCGCGUUUCCAGGAGCUUCGCUCACGAUGACGAUGCUGUUUUAUUUUUUAAAUAUUUUGACUAAAAGAAGCUGCACUUUGCUGCGGCGGCGCGUUCGUGGACUUGUUUUUCAACUUCUACAAAUGACGUUAGUAAUAAAAUAAAACAAAGGCGACAGAUUUCUCAUGGA